AUGUUUAGGAUCAACAAGACUCUUGCUUCUGCUGCUAGCAUUACGCUGGCUGCCACUAGGCAGAUACAUACGCCCGCGCUCCAAGUGUUCCGCGAUGUCCCCUCGAUUCGUCAGCUGCGACAACAGCUACAGCGAUCAGAUCGAACUGUGGGCUUGGUCCCUACAAUGGGAGCGCUUCACGAAGGUCACUUGUCCCUCAUCCGGCAAGCGGCUGCCGAGAAUUCAGAUGUUUUCGUGAGCAUCUAUGUCAAUCCAACACAAUUUGGCGUAAACGAAGACCUGAGCAGUUACCCCCGGACGUGGGAGGCGGACGUGGCAAAGUUGAAGGAACUCAACGGCGAGAUGGAAGGCAAGGGCGAAACACAGACCGGCCGCAUUACCGCAAUAUUUGCUCCAACAGGACAAGUCAUGUACCCUACUCUUCCCCCAACGUCUGCGAUAGACGGGCCAGGAUCGUUUGUCACGAUCACACCACUUGCCACAAAGCUCGAAGGGGCAUCUCGACCGGUGUUUUUUAGGGGGGUUGCGACCAUCUGCACAAAGCUAUUCAACAUUGUCAAGCCAGACCGUGUGUAUUUCGGCCAGAAGGAUGUUCAGCAAUGCGCGAUCAUCAAACGCAUGGUCAAGGACUUCCAUAUCGACACAGACGUACGAAUCGGCUCCACGAUGCGCGCAGCCGAUGGACUCGCCAUGAGCUCGCGGAAUGUGUACUUGGGCGAGCGUAGGAGGGCCGUUGGCCUCGUACUUUCACGGGCUUUGCAGGCAGCGGAGGCUACAUUCGAAGCUGGCAGUGUCGAUCGGAAAGAUAUUUUGGGCGCAGCCAACCGGGUUGCAGACGACACGCUGGCGAAGCAACAGUCACUCGCGCCGUCCAAACGGGCUUUGUUCGAAGUGGACUAUAUCUCCCUUGCCGAUCCGGACACGUUGGAAGAGAUUGAGCAAGUGGAUCCUUCCAAGGGCGCGGUAUUGAGCGGCGCCGUCAAAAUGCUCCCACUCGAAGAGCCUACGCCAAACGAAGAUCUUGGCGUUGGCGAAGGCGCCAUUGCAGUGCGGUUGAUUGAUAACAUCAUCUUCCGCCCGAAAAAGUGA